AUGGAGGACAGCUCAGCGGAAGCUAUCCAGAAGCUAGAGCGCAGCAAGUUGGCCUGCACGCUGACGGGCUUCCGCCGCUGCGAGGGGUCAGCGGCGCUGGACCUGAUUCUGCGGCAGCAGCAGCAGCAGCAGCAGCAGCAGCAGCAGCAGCAGCAGCAGCAGCAGCAGCCCAUGGCUUCAAAGGACGAGGCGGCCACUGGCCCCAGCAGCCACCCACCAGAGGCUGCAGCGGCCGGCGCCACCCCUGGUGCUCACGUGCCCAGCUGCGGUGAUGCGGCCCAGUCGGUGCCAUUCGCCGCCCAGUCCGCGGCGCUCACCGCGCUGCAGCUGCGCGAGAUUCUUCGGUUUGACGCGGAGGAUGGGGCGGCUGCGGCAAAGGCGACGAAUGCCGCCGCAGCAGUGUUUGAUGAGGUCGAGAGGGCGGCCGACGCGCUGGGGCUGCCAGAGGCGCAGCUGGAUGCUGUGCUCUUGGCAGUGGACGCGGCGACGGCGGCUCCCCUGGGCUGCCACCGCUUUGUGGUGUCCGACUACCGGCGGCUGCGGCGCGCGUGUGGCAAGGGGGAGGUGGGGCUGGUGAGGGCCUGGAUGGAGCGGAUGGCGGCGAGGGCCGGCAGUGGUUGA